AUGAGCUUGCACGGACUCGGGGUGAUUGGGGCGCAAGUCGCCGUGUCAAUCAAGAGCAACGAUGAGAAACACACCUCGACACCGAUGAUCCAGUCCCCCUCAGCCUCCGUGCAGUCAACGCCGUCCAUCCACGAGCGCCGCAAUCCGGACUUUGACCCGCACGUUGGCGCAAAGCCUUACUCUCCUUUCUACCGUCAUGGAUCACCGACCAUCUCCUCCUAUGAGCAACUCACCUUGGAGACCAAGACGGCCAGUCGUGAGCGCAGUGGAUUGAGGGAUAUUGAGAGUGCGGAAUCGUACUUGGUGACGCGAAAUGACAGUCAGCGACGGUCGAAGCUGUGGGAGGGCGAGAAGCAGCCCCGGUCAUGUAUGCAAUCGUUGACUUCACGGCAACGUAUGGCGUUGAAGGCGGUUGUGGCGGUGGUCACGGUGGGCACAAUGAUUGCCAUCGCCUUGGGGAUUACGGCGGCGGUGGGUGGAGCAAGUUGGAAAUCCAGUGCGAAGCAGACGGCCAUGGGCGGAUGA